ACCCCGGCGGUUCGCCUGGGACGUCCAGAUCACUGGCCUCUCUCACCCUGCAGCGGAGGGACGUGAGAGCUGAAGUUUGAAGCACCGCCCACUAGGGGCGUGAUUCGUCCGCUUCAGAACCCCAAGCAUCAAUCGGGGAUUUUCUUUUCCUCGACCGCGAUCCAAACUUGUCAUCCUGUCGGUCAGUUUCCUUACGUCUGUCCGGCAACCGGUCAGGACUUUGUCAGCCUCGCUGUUUAUGUGUGUAUGUGAGUUUGUUUUAAUGAAAAAUGGAUGAAGUCACGCGAGAGGAACGGCGCUCAGGACCUGAACUCCCCUAGUCCACUUGUAGUCCACCUGGAGCCUUUCUAGUCCACCUGGUGAACGAGCACCUUGUUUCUUAAAUGGAUUAUUCUGAGGUCCGAGCCGGUCUGUUUUCAUGGAGACGCGUCUUCCUGAUCUUGUAGAAGGAUCCGUGCGCCUCUCCGCGCUCAGCCAUGGGGAAAUGGCACUUGUCAAUGGACCCGGUGCAGGAGUGGGGGGAGGAGGUGGAGGACGGGGCGGUGUUCGGCGUCACUCUGCGACGGGAGCCGGUGGAGCCGGACCCCCCGGAGGGCCCCCAGACCCCCGGGACCCCCCCCGGGACCCCCCCCGGGUCGGGGUUCAUCCAGUACCACACGGUGAAGGUGCGGCGGCUGAAGGCGGCGUCCCUGGAGCGGCUGGUGGACCACCUGCUGGACCCGGAGCACCGCGAGGCCGACUUCCCCCGCGUGUUCCUGGCCACGUACCGGGCCUUCACCCCGGCCAGCGGCCUCAUAGAGCUGCUCUUCAAGAGGGAUGACUCCAGAGCCUACCCCGAGGGCGACACCUGCCCCAGGAGCACGCUGGGCCCGGUGGUCCGCCUCUGGCUGGACGAGUUCCGGGAGGACCUGUGCGAGCCCCCCCUGCACCCGGCCCUGCGGCAGCUCAGCAUCCAGCUGAGGCACCGCCUCCGCUUCCGGCGCCUGGCGCAGUCCGCCGAGUCGCUGCUGCGGCGCUUCCAGGAGCAGCGUGAGCUUAGUAAUGUGGCGGUAACCAUUCUGGUAAACACGGCCUUAGUGAGUCACCGCUGCCUGCCAGGAGGUAUUAGAGGAUUAUUCGCCUCUUCUCCUUUUUGUGACGUUUCUUUUGUCUCCGCUCACCUCGUUCAACCUGCCGUCUCGGGCGCAGACAAGGAGGCGGAGAAACCGGAGGCCCGCGGCCCUGGGGGGGGCCCUGGGGGGGGCCCGGACAGACCCGCCCACCUGGAAGAGGGGCGCGGCUUCAUGCAGUUUUCCCAGAAGGAAGUGGCGGAGCAGCUCACCCGAUUGGACGCUGCUCUCUUCGUCCGCGUCGUGCCGUUCCACUGCCUGGGCUGCGUCUGGUCGCAGCGGGACAAGAAGGAGAACCGCGGCCUGGCGCCCAGCGUGCGAGCCACCAUCGCCCAGUUCAACGCCGUCACCAACCGGGUCAUCACCUCGCUGCUCUGCCCGCCCGGCGCCGCCGGCCCCGCCUCCCCCGCGCCCUGGUCCUCCUCACCCCCCUCCUCCCCCGUCCCUCCCCCCUCCUCCCCCGGCUCCCCCCGUCUCGCGCACAGCAGCGUGGGCGCCCGGGCGCUGGUCAUCGAGCGCUGGAUCGCCAUCGCACAGGAGUGCCGUCAGCUGAGGAACUUCUCGUCCCUGAGGGCGAUCCUCUCGGCGCUGCAGUCCAACGCCGUCUACCGGCUAAAGAAGACCUGGGGGGCCGUCAGCAGGGAGAGCAUGGCGAGCUUCGAGCUCCUGUGCACGACCUUCCCUGACGACAACUGCAUGGUGACGGGACGAGAGAUCCUCACCGAGGAAGGACAUCACGACGAGGACCACGCCAGCACGCUGCCCAAGUCCGCCAAACUCGGCCAAACUUCAUCCAAACAAACGGGCAGUGUCCCCUACCUGGGUACCUUCCUGACGGUCCUCACCAUGUUGGACACAGCGCUGACCGACAACGUGCAGGACGACCUCAUCAACUUUGAGAAGCGCAGACGGGAGUUUGACAUCAUCUCCCAGAUCCACCAGCUGCAGGCGUCCUGCUCCCACUACCGCUUCCCAGUCCACGUCCCGAUCGACGCCUGGCUACAGGAACACGCGCUGCUCACCGACCAGGAGAGCUACGACCUGUCCCGGUCGCUGGAGCCCCCCGUGGACCCCUGCCCCUCCUCGCCCAGCUCCUGGAGCCACCGCCUGCUCAACAAGAAGUUCACCUCGCUGCGGGGGGCCGGUGAGACCUCCUCCGGCAGGAAGGCGCAGGCGGAUCAGAUCAGCGUGUCGUCGUCGGGGUCCAGCAGCUCUGAGACGGAGGACCCCUCCAGCCCCCCCCUCGCGCCCCCCCCGGCGGUGCUCCGACUCAAGCUCAAGACGCUGUCCGGCUCGCUGCACAACGUGGCCGAGGACUUCUUCUCCUCCUCCAGCUCCCCGGGCUCCUCCCUCUCCUCCUGCUCCUCCCACCCCGACCUGAGCUCCUGCACCCUGGGGGGCGCUGGGGGCCUCGAGGCCCCGGGCCCCCGCUCCCCGCGGCCCGUCUACAACCAGCAGGGGGCGGACUCCUGCAUCGUCCGGGUCAGCGUGGAGGACGGCAACAACGGGAACAUCUACAAGAGCAUCCUGCUGACCAGCCAGGACCACACGGCCCACGUGAUCCAGCGGGCUCUGGAGAAACACAACAUGGAGACCUACAGCAGCCAGGACUUCAGCCUCACCCAGCUGCUGACCCCCGACAAAGAGCUCCUCAUCCCGGAGAAGGCCAACGUCUUCUACGCCAUGAGCACCACCGCCAACUACGACUUUGUGCUCCGGCAGCGCUGGAAGACCCCCAGCCGACCGCCGUGCAGCUCCUCCGGCGCCGAGGCUCACCCCGAGUGACCGGCGCCCCCGCAUGGCCGGGGGGGGGGCGCACAUGACACCCCGAGGAUGGCGUGCCGUUGGUUGAACCCCACCUGUUGAUCACACCUGUUGAAGUCCUCCCAGGACCGUCGGAAGGGGAAGACGCAGGUGGAGAGCGACCGAAGCCAUUUUGCAUCGGAGGAGCAUCGCCGGCGCUUUGACGUCUACAGCGCUGAAGGAAGCAGGGUCUGACCUCCAUGGAGCGUUGUAGAGGUGGUUCUGGGCGUACUGGAGAGACCAGACCCUGUGCCGGAGGGUGCAUAUGAAUAGAGUGAGACUGACACUCCAGGCUGGGGCGUCACAGUCCUAACGGAACCCUCUAGGGGGCUGUGAUGGAACUCGGGCCCCCCCCCCCC